AUGUCCCUCCAGUCGAUGACAUCAGGGCAGGAGUGGCUUCACCCUGCGGUAUCAGCCAGAGCAGUUCAUAUUUCACCCCAGUCCCAUCUGUUUACUGCUCUGUGGCUUCCCGCACUGCACACCUCUGCACUGCUGUCAGCCAUGGCCAGCAAGUCAGUCUUUGUCGUUGCUAUAGAUUUUGGCACGUCCUACAGCGGGUACUGUUUUUCCCUUGCUUCAAGUACGGACCAAAUCCGCCAGGUGUACUGGGGAACAGAGCACGGGCUCAAGACCCCGAAGACACCCACGUGCAUCUUGUUCGACCAGAAGCAGGAGUUCAGAAAGUUUGGCUACGAUGCUGUGAUGAAGUAUAAGAGCCUGCCCUCCAAAGAAGCUGACAACUGGUACUUCUUCCAAAACUUCAAGAUGUGUCUGUACAACAAGAAAGUCACAUCUGGCAUGGAACUGAAAGCCAGCAAUGGAAAGACACUCCCCGCCCUGACGGUCUUUUCCGAAAGCCUGCGCUACCUGAAGGAACAUGCCCUAGAAACCAUCCAAGAGGCCUCUUUCCAAACCGUCUGCGACCUGGAGGAGAUCACCUGGGUGAUUACUGUCCCAGCCAUAUGGAGCUCUGCUGCCAGGCAGUUCAUGCGGCUGGCGGCAAAAGAGGCAGGACUCAUCUCUGACAUGAUUUCUGAGAAGCUGAUUAUUGCCCUGGAGCCGGAGGCUGCAUCGCUCUGGUGCAAACAGCUUCCACAGGAAGGGUUUUUGGCAGACAACAGUGACAAGAAGAAGUUUGAAGACUCCCCUGGGAUCCAGUAUAUUGUUGUUGACUGUGGAGGUGGCACAAUAGACAUCACGGUACAUGAGAUCCAAGAAAACCAUUACCUGAAGGAGCUACACAAGGCAGCUGGAGGUGGAUGGGGAGGCAACAGAGUAGAUGAAAACUUCACUGACUUCCUCAAGGAAAUAUUUGAUGACGGUGUAUGGGAUGAAUAUGUAAAGACCUACCCUACUGAAUUACAACAUAUGAUGUACAACUUCAGUCUACAGAAAUGCUCUGCUGGCAGGGAGGCGGUCUACAUACAUUGCUACUACAACUUGACCAGAUUGGCAAUGUGCAAGAAGGACAUCUCCCACUUCUUCAAAAAAGCACAGGGAGCUGUGUGGUGCGAUGGGAUGAUCAUGAUUACAUAUGAGAAAAUUAAGAGCUUUUUUGACUACAGUAUCAAAAAUAUCAUUCAUUCUUUGAAGGAAAUUCUUAACAAGCCUGAGAUGGCCAAGGUCCAGUACAUUUUGCUUGUGGGAGGCUUUGCAUCGAGCAUCAUCUUGAGAGAUGCAAUCAGGCAGGCCUUUAGCAAGUAUCAUAUCCUUUGUCCAAUGGAGGCCCAAGUGGCCAUUGCAAAAGGGGCUGUUUUAUUUGGAGUCAAUCCACACAUUAUUGCCUCAAGAGUCAGCGCUCGGACAUACGGUGUAUCUGUAAAUCGUAAAUUUGAUGCUGCUAUCCAUGACUCCUUAAAACAAAGGGUCUCAAAAGCUGGUGACUAUAUUUACUGCACAGAUCUCUUCAAGAAAUUGGUAGGAAUUGAGGAGUCAGUGAAUAUAAAUGAAGUUGCCCACCAUAUUUUACACCCAACAGAACCAGAUCAGACAAGCGCACGGUUUUCUUUCUAUUGUACAGAAAAGCAGGAUGCUCAGUACGUAGAUGAGGAAGGGAUGGAACUGCUUGGCUCCUGUACAGUGCCAAUGCCAGACACAAAGCUGGGGAAGGAACGUAAACUGAAGCUGGAUAUUAAAUUUGGGCUCACUGAAUUUGAAGUCACUUGUACUGAUGUUACUUCCAAACAAAGUCGGGCAAUUAUAAUAGAUUUUUUAGCUGUGUAAAUGCUCAGUACAUCGAGCAGCAGGGGCAAUAACUCAAGGGAGAGCAUGGCUUUAGUGGGAGGCAAUAACUACUACACUAGAGAAGGCAAAUGGACCAUAAAGUCCAUCCAUCAUCCAGCUUUUUGCUUGCACAGGUAAACGGUUUGCUAGUCUGAUUCGCUGGUUCCUUCUAUUCCUCAACAACCACCCUUUCAGUCCACUACCUCUCUUUCUGUUCUAUCUGACAGCAAGUUUAUCUGCUGCUUUAUCUCUUGCCCUUCUGGCUUAGCUCCUUGCAUCUCUGAACACAGUAGUUCAUACCACCAAUAUAAUCAUCUGUACUCUAUCUGUGUUUGAUAGAGAGCUUCCGUACUGGUGUCUAACUUCUACAUAUACCAGCCCAUAACUAUUUCUUUUAGCCUGACGUCUUCUUUCAGCUACAUCCUCUCUUCCUCCGAUAUCAGGUCCCUUUAUCUGGAGUCCAGGUUUAACUCUGCCAGGGGUGACAUUCAAUGGAUUUGAGUUUUCUUCAGAACAUCACUCAUAUAGAUUGCGUGUAAUUAAAGAGCUCGUGUUCCAGUCAAGAUACUCUGUGAAGCAGUAACUUAAUGUAGUCUGGGGGCUUGUAUGCAAAACCUGCGGGAGUGUUAUUUGCAUUAAACCAUUGGGUGGUGCGAUCUCAUUAACUGGGCUAAUACAAAUGCCAGAUUGUAACAUGACAGAUAUGAAUAGUGCUUACACCCCUACCUGAGCACCUCUGUCCAUCUGUGGAUACGCCCUACAUCUCUGAAUUGGGCUUGAUAUUUUCCAUGUCUAUAAAAGCUCAUUUCUUUGCCUCCUGUGCACAAGUUCAGCACAGUGUGGCCUGCGCAAGCCCAAAUUUGUCCAAGAAAAGGAUGCGAUCCUGCAGUGUGCUGGGUCUGCCUGGGGUGGAGUUGUUAACUUUCUUCGUGGCCACCCUUACGCUGCUGUGUGAUGUAUGGCCAAAACGGUCUUGAGAGCACACCAGUGUUUUAGUAAUAGCUGAACAGGGCUCGCACAGCAGCACGGCCUUCUCUGUUUCUCACUCUGCUCCUGCAGCGAGGAGGCUGGCGGGGGGAGCAAGGGGCUGGGAGAGGACACAGCCAGCACAGCUGACCCUAACUGACCAAGGCGGGUCAUACCCUGUAACCUCAUGCUCAGCAAUAAAAAUGGGGAGGGACUUUCUCCAAAGUAGCUAUUGCCUGGGGAGAGUGGCUGGGCUUCGGUCUGGUGGUGGGAUGUGGUGACUGCCUUUGCAUCACUUACUGGGUUUUUUUGGUAGAGUAAUUUUUUUCCCCUUCGCUAAGGCUGUAGAGUUUCCCUGCUGAACACCAGCCUGUCCCGAUGCAAAUACCUGGUUAGCUGGAUACACAGCAUGAAAACUCAGCGCUGGCAUCUUUAUUUGGUGUAAUGACUGCGUUAGAAUCACUGCUAAGCCAUGUACUUAAUGCUGCCAAUCAUUAAAGAAGCAUUUAGAGGAUUAAUCUGUAUAGAUACUAUGACCUAUGGUGUAUAAAAGCUGAACUAUUUUGAAUACCUCACCUUUGGUUUUGCAUUCAAAAUCUUACCUGUGCAAUAAAAGU